AUGAACCUCUCGGUGCCAGGGCUGUUGCCAGCAGGGCACCCUGACGACUGCGUGCCCGACGACCCGGUGCAGUUCGUGCUGGUGCCCGCCGUCUACUGCCUGGUGCUGUGUGUGGGGCUGCCAGGCAACCUGGUGGCCCUGCUGGUCUUCCUGCAGAACGGCAAGGUGAAGAAGGCCAUCCGCAUCUACCUCAUCAACCUCACGCUGGCCGACAUCCUCUUCAACCUCACCCUGCCCCUCUGGAUCUCCUACUACCUGGCUGGGGGGGACUGGCUGCUCUCCGAGGCCGCUUGCCGCCUGGCAGGGGCUGCCUACUACCUGGCGACCUACAGCGCCGUCACCUUCAUGGCACUCAUCAGCUUCAACCGGUUCUGCGCGGUGCGGGCGGCACGGCGCCGGCUGCCGCUGACGGGGCGCCGGGGAGCCGCGCUGGCCUGUGCCGUGGCCUGGCUGCUGGGGCUGGGCUGUGCCGUGCCCACCCUGGCUGCCCAACAGACCUUUCCUGCCCGCGCCGGUGCCACCGCCUGCUUUGAGCAGCACGGGCGCCAGCGGCUCUACGCCUACGCCAUGGUGGCCUUCUUUGGCGCUGCCUUCCUGGUGGUGCUGGGCACCUACGCCUCCAUUGCCAGGGCUCUGUCUGUGCCCACCGCUGCCUCGCCAGGCUCCCACCGGCAGCAGGCGCGCGCCAUGGUGCUGGGCAUGUUGCUGGUCUUUGUGGUCUGUGUGGCGCCCUACCACCUCACGCUGGCCCCCUGGGUGGGCAGCCAGCCUCCUGUGCCACCCUGCGGACCCCCUGCCACCCUGGACGUGCUGCACGCACUGAGCGUGGCCCUGCUGAGCCUCAACAGCUGCCUCGACCCUCUUGUCUACUGCUUCUCCAUCCGGCGCUUCCGCGCCGACUUGGCACGGACCCUGCGCAAGCUCGGCCGCUGCCUCCCGCUGCCCCCGCCGGCCCCCGCCGUGCCCGGUGCCCGCACCUCCUCCUUCGCCUCCUCAUAG